AUGUCUGGUCGACAGCAGUUGCUUCUUCCUCCUCCACCAGUGGUCACUGAUACCAACGAAGAAGACACCACUGUACUCCCAGAUCUUCCUUCCGACGGGUUGACCAAUGAAAGGCGAUCUCAGAUUCCGGUCUUCCCUUCGUCCCUGAAGGAUGUGAAGCGUCUCUGGGUCCUCACACUCUUAACCAUCCAUAUUGUCACGGGUGCGGCCAAGGAUUGCUAUGUCCGUUGGGAGAUCACAGACCAAAAAUUCUGGUCAGUCCUCCAGCUGCAAGACCCUGCUACCUCUGCCUUGGCGUCCGCUCUGGCAAAGAGGAUCAAGGACGUGUUCGUGGAAAUCACCUGCGGAGGUCCCUUCGACACCUUCUUGGUCCGGCUGUCAAACGAUCGCAGGCGAGCCACCGGACUCUUCGUCCAGCUCUACGGCGACGAGAACGAGGUUCCUUGCCGGUCUUGUUCCAAACGUCUGAUCAGUUCAGAAACUGGCGAUCAUCGUGGCAUGUGGCCCAUGUUUGGCUGCCGAUCGAUUCCCGGGGCCUUCGGCCAUGCCUGUGGUAACUGUCUCGCCAUGGUGGAGGGCGAAAAAUGCACCUUUCGCGAUGACAAGUACGAUCACCUUCGUGCUUCAUCAAAGAGGGAUCCUCCCCUUGUGAGUGACCUCUCUUCAUCAAACUCUCCCGCGGCCAUCAGCUUUGGCCUGAACGCACUUAGGCGCCUCUAUGCCCAAUACAAGGAACACAGCUCCCAGGCUGUCAGAAGCAACGAGGGGGCUCAGGGAGCCAAAGGAAGUCCCAGUGGUCAAGGCAAGGGAUUCUGGGGCUGA